CUGGCCCCUGUUCGAUUAUUGAGCUCAUUGCUUCACAAUGACGACGACGAAGUGGAACAAGUUGAACAUUUCAAGUAUAAACAGGAGUUGGAGAGAAAAUUAACGGUCACUUCCAUUAUCGGAUUGGGUUUCUCACUUAUGGGGGUACCUUUCGGACUUUCAUCUACUCUCCACAUUUCACUUACAGACGGUGGUAACGUGACUAUCUUGUAUGGCUGGUUGGUUGUAGCAUUCUUUUCUAUCUGUGUUGUCCUUAGUUUGAGUGAAAUUAUUUCGAAGUACCCUACAGCUGGUGGAGUCUACCACUUCAGUGCACUUCUCAGUAACGAGAAGUAUUCUUCUAUCAGUUCCUGGAUUACAGGCUGGUUCUUAUUGAUUGGAAACUGGACUUACGCGGUCAGCAUCAUGUUUGCGGGCUCUGAGUUCAUUCUUUCUAUCUUUGGCUUAAAGGACGUUUACUACAAGGAAGACAGUUUUCUUGUAUUGGUCGUAUACUCUAUCAUUUUGCUUCUCUGUGGGUUUAUCAACUUCAAAUUCUCCAAAUACUUGGAAAAAAUCAAUAAGCUCUGUAUUGUAUGGACAAUUUACACUGUGUUGGCUAUUGAUUUUCUUUUGAUUUUCUUUGCAAAGCGGACCAACUCGAUUAAGGAAAUCUUAACCAACUUCGAUAAUACACGGUCAGGAUGGCCAGACGCAUUAGCCUUCAUGAUAGGACUCCAGAGCUCUUCGUUCACUUUGACUGGAUACGGAAUGUUAUUCUCGAUGACUGACGAAGUAAAAAAUCCGGAAAGAAAUAUGCCUAAAGGUGCUCUCAGUGCAAUUCUGAUGUCUACUAUUACUGGUCUUAUAUUCAUUUUACCUAUAUUAACAAUUUUACCAGAAUUGAGCAUAUUAUUAGAUGAGACUCCAGAAAUCAUGCCAAUUGACUUGAUAUUCAAGUUUUCUACGGAAUCUUAUAUUGUUUCUUUCUUAUUGGUCAUACUUUUAAUAGGUACGGUAUUGUUCCAAGCUCUCGGUGCAUUAACCACAGCAUCUAGAACGACUUACGCGUUUGCCCGUGAUGGCGGACUUCCUUUCAAGAACUACUGGGUAGAGGUUGAUUCUGUAGAAGAAUCGACAAUUCCUAAGAAUGCUUUGUUCUUAUCCAUGACUGUUUGUAUUGUUCUUUCAUUGUUGUCAUUAUUGUCAACCUCUGCAUUUAACGCCUUCAUGGGAGCUUCUGUGAUAUCGUUAGCUUUGGCCAAUGGUAUACCAAUUUUGUGUUUGAUGCUCAACAAGAGAAGAAAGGUCAAAGGUGCAGCCUUUCGGUUGAGGAAAUUUGGUUGGUUGGUCAACUUCUUGUCUGUUUUCUGGGUUGUCUUUUCGUUCAUUAUAUUGUGUCUCCCCCCUGUAAUAAAACAUUUGACAUGGCAAUCGAUGAAUUACGCGUCUGUUGUCCUUGUUGGUUUUGUUUUCUUUGCAUCCCUCGGCUACAAGGUAUGGGGUGUAACGAGUUUCGAAGGACCCAAGAUUGAUACAGAAUACUUCGAGCUUCACCAAGUUGGAAAAAAGGACACUAAGAAUGGCUACGCUCAGCUUGCUGGGGUUGGUGACGAAGAUGGUGAUGAAGAC